AAAAUUUCAAAUACAAAAUGGCGGAAAAUUAGUGCGGAAGUAGUUUGCAGAUUUAAUAUUGAAGAAACAUGGAGAAUUAUUCAAUCUUACAUUGCAUCUGGUUUUUGUUUAUUUUGAUUGAACCAAGUUCACAAGCAGUAUUAGAAUGGGAUCCAAAUUAUGAGGUACCAAGUACACCCAGACCAGACGCAGAACGUGCAUAUUACAUGACUCUGAAUCACAUAUCUGGAGAGCCGUUAAUAGCAUGGUUGAAAACUGGUGCUGGACAGAGUAUUAUGAACACUACUUCAGGAAAAUUUAAUCUCACCUCUGUGACCAAAACAGUGUUCCAAGGAGGAGCGAUGAGUGCUGAUACUUGGUUAUCAAGUGGUGGUCAAUUAUGCCAGUAUUCUCCAAAUCAACCAUUUCCACUACGUUAUGAAGGAUUUUACUGGAAAAUCAGAUGCUCUGCAUCAAUGUCUACUCUGCUCACAAUUCCUUAUUACAAUGGAGAACUAAGAGCAGACCAUUUAUUUCAUCAGCAUCCAAAUGGAAUGGUUCCACCAGAAGAAAGAUAUUACGUGUUAAAAACUGAACAUGAAGCAACUGUAAUGACCUUGAACUCUGUAAAUUCAUUUACUAUAUCAAAACCUGCAUCCUCCUUGGGCUUUAUUACAGCUCCACCAACCUCAGUAACAGCUAAUACACCUUUUGACAUAAGUGUUGAAAUCAGGGACAGGGAUAAUAAUAGAAUAACUUCAGGAAUAGAUUCUACUCUGCCACUGACACUGCAAGUUGCAUUUUUUGAUGGACUUGUUGAACAUUACUCAUCAGUUCCUUUUGAAGAUAUGGUUAGCAAAGUGCAUGUUCGCUUAGUGGGGGACAACGUCAUUCAGUCUAAAGCUACAUAUGAUUUUGUGGAAAAUAAGAGAGCUGUCGGUGGCACUGCCACCUUCACAGGACUGCGUCUCCUUGAUGUUCACCCCUGUGUUAAAUUGAACAUUACCAUGAAAAUGCCAAGCUUUCCAAAUGCCAGGUUGCCAAACGAUUAUUCUGACAACGCAUUGAAGUUUGAAUAUACUCUUGCAGAUAAGAAGGUUGCCUUUGUUUAUAAUGGAAGCUCGGAUCCUGCAGUAUUGAUUAGUGAUUGCAUUGAGGUUAAAGAACAAACACUGACGUCAUUUGUAAUUACAAGUCCUCCACUGAAGUCAAAACAAGCUGCAAAUUUUCCAGUUGAGCCAUCUGUAAUCAUAGAGUUACGUGAUGUGAAUGGACGCAGAAUCUAUUCUGGAAGAGAUUCUAAUUUGACAAUAAUGCCAAUAUCCAGUAAUGACAGUUCACCUAUAUCGACUGAUUCCAAAAGAUUACAGGCCAAGGAUGGUAUUGCAACAUUUGCUGGGUCAUUUUCUGCUCCGAUAGCAAGUGUGUUUCUGUUGUUUACAACGAGGAGUACCAUUGCAUCAGCAUUUCUUAUUGGUCCAAACACUGCAACAGUAGAGGUUGUAGAUGAUAUCUAUUUGGGACAUUUUGUUGACUACUACUCAUCUGGAUCAACUUCUGAUACUGGGCCAAACACGGAUUCCUUUGCUUGGCAUGCACUAGAGGAUAUCCAAGCCAACAUGUAUCCACAUCUUCUCCCAGGAAGAACCCUUCACAUUACAUCAUACAACACCAAAAAUGAUGAGGUUGUGACAACGAAAGAGUUGGACAAUAUGAUUAAAGAGGGAGAGGAUUUCCCACACAAGAGAGUGAGGGGUAUUAUUGGUCUAGGAAGUAACUCACUGACAGAACAUUUAGCUCCAGUUUUAGCUGCCAAUAGAAUACCCCAAAUUGCCACCAGGGAAGACCAGUUUGAAUUUAAUGAUAAGAAUACAUACCCUUACUACAACAGGCUCUCCUGGAAUUUAGGAUCCUUAUCUCACAGUAUCAUGAUGGCAGCUGCAAGCAGAAAUUGGAAAAAGAUGUUGAUAGUUCAUCAGUCCACCAUCAAAGUCAACAAUAUCCUCAUUCAAAAAGCAAAGGAAUUCAACCUUGAAUUUACUGCAGAGAUUUCUAUACCUUUUGCACCUCCAUCUACAUAUAGACCAGGAGGAUUACAGUUCUACAUGGAUAAGAUCAAGUCCUAUGGAGUGCGUGUUAUAUGGAUGUUUAUGAUCCCUCCUCUUAUGGCCUAUACUUUAUGUGAGGCCAGAAGUAACAAUAUGACUUCAUUUCAUGGUUAUCAAUGGGCUGCUCUAGGACAGUAUGGUUGGUGGUUCCCCUACGAGAACCAGUAUUAUUCAGGUUGUCGUGAUCCAAAUGCACUGCCAUGUUCUACAGCAUUUAAAGGAUGGAUGGGCAUUGAUUCUACAUAUGAUUUAAAAGGAUUAAGCACAGACCACUGGAAGAGGGUAAUGAGAAGACAUCUAUUUGCUGAUCGAGUUCAGGAAAAUUAUAGAGGAACCAGUAGAAAGAACAAAUGGUUGGAGGUAUUGGCAGUAUAUGCCCUGGCAUAUGAUGCAGUGAUAGUAUAUGGUGAAGCUAUAACAGCUUUGAUACUGAAGAAUAUGACCAUUACACCAGACAGUCUAGUAGAUGAAAUAAGAAAGGUUGAUAUUGAAGGACUUACAGGGCGCAUCACAUUUGAAUCCACAGGUGAUCGACCGGGGUUCCGUGGUUUUAUGUGUGUUGUGAAUCCUCAUCCUAUGGGAACAUAUGCCUCUGCUGGAGCAACUGCUGUAUUUGCACGGACGUUCAUUCUGGAAAGCACAGCUGCAACCACACAACUUGAAAUUCCUAUGCAGGCAAAGAGACCAUUAAGCCUUCCACCCUUCAAUCAUAUAGUAGCUAAUUAUACGUCACCUGAAUCAGAUUUCAAAAAUAAGUUUAAGUACAGAAGCUCCACAGGAAUGGUCAGUGCCUUCACGCAAGAAGUGAUUCCCAUCCCUCCAUCCACAAUUCCUCCACAAGAAGUAGAAGUGGAAGAAUAUACACUGGCUCCAUAUUUUUGCACCGGUGGAUGUGGUGGAAACAAUACUGAUGAAUAUGAUAUUACAAAAUACGAGUUUGGGGAAUGUUUAUCUAUGGAAAAUUGCGAAUGCAAUGAUGGAUAUUAUGGACAAAACUGUGAGAAGAUAUUGUGUACGUGUCUGAAUGGCUAUUGCAAGGUUCCAAAGAAUUGCACCUGUGACUCUGGAUGGUAUGGUGAUCGAUGUCAGUAUGCCAUUUGCAGCGAUUGUGGAAAUGGAAGGUGCACAUCUCCUGGUGUUUGUACAUGUGACAGCUCCUAUACAGGUUCUGCAUGUCAAACAUCUCUAGUUACUGCCACAGUCGUUCCCAUUAUCCUUAUAUCCAUUGCAAUUGUUGCUGCUGUUUUCUUUGCAAGAUGGUUCUUUAAGAGACAGCAUCUGAUAAAUGCAAUGAAGAACUUGGACUGGUUGGUGAAAUAUGAUGAAGUGAUGAUAGGUGAUACCAGAGCUCUUAGUUUUGUGUCCUCAGCUGGUGAUGAUAUAACCAUGUGCAACAGAAACAUUUGUACAUGGAGAAGUCAAAAAUGUUAUAUACAGACCAUAUUCUGCUGGUAUCUGAGUGGUGAAAACGCGAAAUCUCAACACAGUAGUGAUUUAAAUCUCUGUUGUAUAAAAAUUCACAUUCUGCUCAUCACUCUGACGCCUGGAUAUUUGUUGUUUUCAGUUUUUGCAAUAAUAAUGACAGAGAUGUGUACACGAGAGGAACCUUUCACAAAGGAACUUGGAUUUCUAGAUUCUGACCAAAUCAUCCAACUAGUCAUUGACAAAGAUGCACCAGAUGUUGCUGAAGCCCGGAAGGCCUGGUAUAAUAGUGGAGGAGAUACAACAAAGCCUUUCAGACCAGAUCUAGAUGAUAGCUACCUUCCAGAGGAUUAUGCUGCGAGGUCGGGACUGAGAAAGUUGUUGGACCAGUGCUGGAACAACAAACCUGAUGUUCGACCAUCCUUUAGACAGACCCUGGACAGGUUAAAUGAAAUCUACCCCGUGAAGGGAGAGCUUAUUGACAAUCUGGUCAAUAUGCUGGAGAAGUACUCCAGUAAUUUAGAAGCCAUUGUCGCAGAGAGAACUAGGGAGCUCGUGGCAGAAAAGGCUAGGACAGAAGAACUCAUCAGUCAAAUGUUGCCCAAGAAAGUUUCAGAAGACCUUAAGCAUGGUAAACCAGUGGAGCCAGAAGCAUUUGAAUGUGUCACAAUUUAUUUCAGUGACUUGGUAGGAUUUACUUCUAUUGCACGGGACAGCACCCCAUUCCAGGUGGUCACCUUGCUUAACGACCUUUACACAUGUUUUGAUGCAGUUUUGGACCACUAUGAUGUGUAUAAAGUUGAGACCAUUGGUGAUGCUUAUAUGGUUGUCAGUGGAUUGCCUAUCAGAAAUGGCAAUCAACAUGCUGGGGAGAUUGCUACAAUGUCAUUGGAAUUGUUGUCAUCUGUACUGACCUUCAAAAUCAGACACAUGCCUGAAAAGUUUCUACAGCUGCGUUGUGGAAUGCAUUCAGGAUCAUGUGUAGCUGGAGUUGUAGGGUUGAAGAUGCCCAGGUAUUGUCUCUUUGGAGACACUGUGAACACAGCAUCAAGAAUGGAGUCUAGUUCAGUAGCAUUGAGAGCUCACAUGAGUGAAACCACAGCUGCUAUCCUUGAGGAACUAGGAGGCUACCAUCUGGAGUGUAGAGGAGAAAGAGAAGUGAAGGGAAAAGGCAUGAUGAAGACUUACUGGUUAAAUGGUAAAGAUGGAUAUGACCUGCCAUUACCAGGGAGGGAACUGGCUGUGUCAAUGUCGCAGCACGAAUUCAAGUAGAAAUUUCUACAAACUCACAAGGAAAAAAUCGGAGAUUUCAGUUUCGGCUUUGAGCAUAACAACAUCAUAUGAAAUGUGAACAUUUAUAUGUUUAAAAAAAAAAAAAAAAAUGUCUGCAAAAUGAAAACGAUCUUCAUUGGAUUCAACAAGUUAUGCAAUCCUGUUUUACAUGUACAAAUGUAUUUAGAAAAAUAUAAUACAAUGCAUGUGGUAUAUGUACAAUUCAGAAAAUAUGCGCUUUUAGAAUUGAAAAAUGUUGCAAUUUGUUGCCCAUGGCUAAAAUUUAGUUUUGAAAAUCAAUAUAAAUAGCAAUGCCAUGUCUAGAUCUGCCAGGUUGAUGAUGUUGGUCAGGAGCUUAUAGUUUGUAACUGUCAACAAUAUACUGAAGCAAAUUGAUAAAACCAAUUUGUAUUUAGAUACCGGUACUUAUAGAAGCACUGAAAGUUGUAAGGCUGGUUUAUUAGUUUAAAGUUUUAUUCAGAAUGAAAUGGAUUUGUAGUACAUGUAUAUUGAUAUGCAUGCUCCCUUGUGACACCUAGCAAUUUGGAGUGGAAUGGAAUUUUGUUUCCAUUACACCAUAUAGUUAGUAAAGAAAAGUUUGCUCUUGAUUAUCAGAUGAUAAAGUACCGUAUGCUCCCCAGUUAGUGCCCCUGCCCCUAUAAACGUCCCUUUGGACUAUUUUCGAUUGUCAGAAAACAGCUACCCCCUUAGAAUCUGUAUUGUUGUCUAGAACCGUUGUUACUUUUUAUGUCCAAUAAAUCAAUAAUUAUACCUCCCGCAAACGAAGUUUUGGGGGGUAUACUGGAAUCACUUUGUCCGUAGACGCAAUUUGUCCGAAGUUUAUUUCUAAUACCGCUUUACAUAUUUCAUUCAAACUUUAUGCACAUCUUCUAUAUAUUAUGUAGUUGUGUAUCUCCUAUUUUCAUUGAAAUAUUUUAACAGUUAUGGAAGUUACGGACAUUUUCUGGUUUGGUAAUGUACUUGUAAUAGACACAAUUUGUCCAGAGUUUAUUUGUAGAAUAUACACUUCUGCAUUCACAUUGAUUGGCCUGUAGAUAAUGUGAAAAUAUCCAAUGUGCUUGCAUUAAAUAUUUCCCAUCAUCUUAUAUGCCCCGCGGGGGGUAUUAGUCCCAUUAGGACAGUUCUAGUUUCGACAAGAGAGACAGAAAGUCUUGAAGGAUUUGCUCCACGUUUCUGACAUUUCCUCUAAAAUUAUAUUUUCAUCUCGAUAUGAAGAGUUCUUUUAUGAAUUCCGAAAUACAAUUGAACUUUGGUAUCUCGGAACACCAUUAUUUUGGAUACCAUGGAUAUGUCACAUCCAUUUAUACAACUUACUGUAAUUCAUAAGAGCUGACUUUACAUUUUUACUUGCAACAACCAGGAACUAUCAAAAGAUGCUAAAUCUAAAACAGACAUGGUAAAAUACCUAAGAUUUUUUUCUAGAAAUGCGGUAAAAUGCAAGUGAAUUGUUUGUUAAAUAUCACAAAAAAUUAUAUAUUGAGAAAUGUCGCAUAUGUCCGUAAAGCAUUUAAAUCUGAAUUUUUUCCAGGUAAUUUUUGAAACGUUCUUUUAUUAUGACAGAGAUAGAAAUAAACCAUACGCUUUUCAUAAUUUUCGUGGUGCCCAGGUGCUAAGUGGGGAGAAUACAAUUAAUGUAAUACAUGUACAGGUAUGAUGAAUGCCAGUUGAAAAUGUAUUUGAAAUGAUGAAACAAUGUAUUGUAAAUGAAUGAAAAAUAAUUUACUUUAAUAGAAGAGCUCUGAAAAGUAUAUUUUUUGAUGUAAUUUAUUGAGUGUGGAUGUAAUAUUCUUUAUGAUAAUUAUUAAGAAUUUUUAUCAAUACUCAGAAUGUGUAUGCACAUACAAAUUUCAACAUGAGAUAAUGGAUUUUAUGUGAUAAGAAUGAUCAAGGCAUUUAAUUUUGAGACCAUAAUUGACAAAAGGUGCUGAAAAUUGCAACUUUUUUCCAGUAUGUCUUUACUUCUUGGCAUUAACAUGCAAGAUAUAAUGGUAAAACUUGCAAAUUCUUGUAAUGUAAACAUUUAUAGCUUUUAGACCACCUGAGUCGCUCAUUUCAUUCAUUCAAUCAGUGUUUUAAACUUUUUGACAUGCAUGUAGAAAUAUCCUUAUAUGGUAUCUUUUUAGCAAAUAUGAUACUCUAAGGUAGAGUAGUAGUUUUUACAUUUUACAAUAAUCUUAAUCCACUUCCAUCAUAUUAGAUUAAAUUAGUAUGAUUGAAGGUUUAUAUUUAUAUGGAGACCUCAGCCGACCCAUCCACACAAAAAGUUGCUGAUAAAUAUGUCAUUUCCUACAGUUUCUCCAGGGGGGGGGGGGGGGGGGGGGUACUUUUGAGUAAUUUUUUUUUAUCAUUCUUGCUAUUCUUCAUCACGCAAGUCAAAUGCCCUAAUUAUACUAAAUUAUAUUUUUGUCUUAAAUUUAAGAAGCAGAAAAUGACCACUGAUGCAAACUCUACAUCAUGUAAAAGUUCUGUAAUAUUUUAAAAAUUUGUGCAUGUACAUGUAUUUAGCAUUAUAUGAAAUAGAGGAUGUUUGCAAAAUUAGAUUAAUACAGAGGUAAUUUGAAAUGAGUAUUGAUGAUAAAUUUUUAUCUGAUGUUAGUUUAUGUUACAGAGAAUGUGAGGAGUUCAUGUGAGAGUACAGUUGAGUACAUGGUAUCAGUUUUGUUUGUUGAAUUAAUGAUAAUUACAUAAUAACUGAAA